UUUCUUAUUCAAGAGAAACUUUUAAAACAGAAUCUGUGCCAAUUAGUAAAUUAAUAAGUUUACGUCUGCGACCAAGACGUAUAGGCAUAUGAAAUAUUUUAAUAUUUAUUAUUGCGGAAGUUAAAAAUGCAAUUAUCUACAUAAAUUACCCACAAUGCCUAGUGUUGAGAAUGACUCUGAACCAGACGGUGAAGAAAUGUCGCAUGAUAGCGACGAUAGCAAUCAGAGCUCUGUAUUCUGUGAUAGUAGUGCGGAACACAGUGAUAGCGAUGAUUCUUCAGAGAUGGAUGAAAAUGAGUGUGAAAGACGUAGAACAGAGUGCUUAGAAAAUCUGGUCGAUCUUGAAAGACAGUUUUAUUUACUCAAGGAACAACUAUACAAAGAAAGAGUAAUACAAAUGGAUACUAAAUUAGGAGAGGUAAAAGUAGGAAAGUCCGAAGAAUAUCUUAUACCGUUGGAAAGAUUGAAAGAAAAUAUGAAAAUAAAAGUGGAAGUUGCUGGAAUAUUAAAGCAAUACAGACUACAAAACAUUCGUAAUAAAUUUGUAGCGGAGGAGCAGGCUGCGUUACAAAAUUUUGAAAGUGAAAAGGAACUUGUAUACGAUAAUAUACAUUGUGAUCUUCAAGAAAAGAUUCGUAGGCUGGAGGAAGACAGAAAUAAUGUUGAUAUACACACUGAUCUCUGGUUAAACUCUAGUGGUCGGAGACGGAGAAACUACAGCGACAAGAGAAGGGCUGUAUCGGUCGCCGGGCCCUACAUAGUUUAUAUGUUAAACGAUGCAGAUAUUUUAGAAGACUGGGCAUUGAUCAAAAAAAGUUUGAGUAGUCGAAAAGCAGAAAUUCUGUAAUGAUCGAUGUAUUAACAAUUUGUGAUACCACUUAUUUAAGUUAGAACUAAAUAAAUGUUAAUAAAAUAUUAGAAUUUAUGCAAAUUCAUAUAAUAUAAAAAUUA